CCGACACUUGCAGUGGCGAAGAAAAUUAUCCAGGUCACCGAAUACCGAGUCACUUCACAAGUCAAAGAUGGGUGAGGGAGGAAAACUAGUUGUUGGGCUCCAUUUCCCACAGACUACGCGUAAGUUUCAAUUGAUUUGUUCGUUCUCGCUAUUUAAUGGUGCUCGGAUCGCACGCAUAUCAUCUUCCCUUCUACGAUAUGUUGAUAUCAAUAUCAAGUCCGUGUAUAAUUCGUAAUGUAAUGACGUUUAAUCGAAACGAGUGAGGUAUUGCGAUGCAAAUCAUCUGUAUCCUAUCAUUGAAUAAUGGCGGGUAUCUAGUAGAGAAAUGCUAUGGCGUCAGACAAGGUCUCUUAAUAUUUUUUUCUCUAUUUAUACUAAAACCGAAUAUUUCUGAAAAUGCAGCGGAUGCGUCUCAACUGCUGCAGUCGGCACGAGAGGAUGGAUAUGACUAUGUGACGACUGCUCUCCCAUGUACGGAAAGAGCAAAAGUGAGAGGAGACGUGACAUCUUUGACGGGGCGAUGGUGGAGGACUUCGGUCGUAGGGAUCGUGCAGCAAGACAACUCCCAAGACUCCUUUUUUCAAAAGAUAGGAAAACAGAUCGAGUGGGCUAUCCAUAUGGGAAUUCCGGCAGUGAUUUUGCCGCCUCCUCCCUACGGCGGACUUCAAGAUUACGCACGAAUGAUUCUAUCAUUGGGAUUGGAGGCUCAAGCCAGCAAUCUACAAAUUUGGAUUAAAACACGGUUGAAUGUAUCAUCUCUUGAAAACUAUGAGCGUUUGCAUCGUCUCUGUGACGGAUUGUCAAAUAUUGGAAUUAUCCUCGAAAUGGAACCGAUGUCGACAAUGAGUUCCGCGUCGGCAACCGUCGGCACCCAGAUGAUUUUAAUUCACAAAGCUAUAGGAAUGCAACUUAAGGCCAUCACAUUCCCAGCAAAAGCAUUUUUGACAAACAAAAAAGGAUAUCCCACAUUGGCGAAGAGCCACCAGGUUAUCUUAACCCAAACAUUGAGGCGAGUUGGAAGAACCUUGAGGGUAUUGAUCGAAGGUCCGUCUGUGCAUGAACAUGUGUCUAUGACUGGUGAAACAAAAUGCAUGUCUUACCUACAGUACAUUCGCCACAUGCGAACCAGAAGUGAAGUCACAUCUGUUCUGGAUACAGAAGAAGCUACGUUGGAAACGCCAUACUUAGAUAGUCUACAACGCCCAUUGCAACCCUUGAAAGAUCAUUUGGAAUUUUCUAUGUACGAAACUUUUGAGAAAGAUCCAGUAAAAUAUUCAAAAUAUCAAGAAGCGGUGUACAUGGCACUCAAAUCUUUGAAUUUGUCACCUGAUUCACCCAAAACAAUCACAAUAGCUGUUGCAGGGGCAGGGAGAGGCCCACUUGUGAUGCGCUCUAUUCAAGCAUUUAAUCAGUUGCAAACUCCGUCCAAGAACCUCACUCUCAAAGUCUACGCAUUGGAAAAGAAUCCAUCAGCAGUUGUGUAUCUGAGAAGUAUGACCGAAAACAACUCUGUGUGGAAAGGUAUUGUCACUGUUGUAAACACAGAUGUAAGAAAAUUGACCAGGGACCACUUGAAUGGAAAUGAAAUUGACAUCAUCGUUUCUGAGCUGCUGGGUUCAUUUGGUGAUAACGAGUUGUCCCCAGAAUGUUUAGAUCCCCUCCUCGAAUCUGAAUGUUGUAAGAAUUCGACUAUUUCAAUUCCAAUGCAAUAUUCUGCUUUUGUGGCGCCUGUCUCCAGCUCUCGAUUGCAUAUUGAAGCCACUCAACAAGCUCAAGUUCCACACGAAGGUGCUCAGCCAUUAGGAAUUCAAAGAGCCAUGGAAACUUCAUAUGUGGUCAGAACGCACUCGGCUAGUCAGACACACGUCG